AUGUCCAGAUCCGGGGACAGGACCUCCACCUUCGACCCCAGCCACAGCGACAACCUGCUGCACGGCCUCAACCUGCUGUGGCGCAAGCAGCUGUUUUGCGACGUGACCCUGACGGCCCAGGGCCAGCAGUUCCACUGCCACAAGGCCGUGCUGGCCUCCUGCUCGCAGUACUUCCGCUCGCUCUUCUCCAGCCCCCCGCCGCUCGGGGGAGGGGGCGUCGGCCAGGACGGCCUGGGGGCCCCCAAGGACCCGCCGCAGCCGCCGCAGCCGCACCCGCCGCAGCAGCCGCCGCCGCCGCCGCCCGCAGGAGGAGCCCCGGGACGCCCGCCUCCUCCCCCCGAAGAAAAGCUGCUGGACCAGCCCCGGGGGCCAUUCAACAACCUGGUGCUGCAGGGCUGCUCGUCCCGUCGGCCCUGCGCCUGGGGGCUCGAGUACCUCUACACGGCCAACGGGACCCCUGGUCCCUGGACACGGCGGAGAAGGGGCUGGUCGGUCAGCAAGAUCCUGCACAUCCCGCAGGUCACCAAGCUGGCGUGCAGUUUCCUCAACGACCAGAUCUCGGUGCAGAACUACAAGCAGGUGUGCCGGAUCGCGGCGCUGCACGGCCUGGAGGAGACCAAGAAGCUGGCCAACAAGUACCUGGUGGAGGAUGUGCUGCUGCUCAACUUCGAGGAGCUGCGCGCCCUGCUGGACGCGCUGCCGCCGCCCGUGGAGUCGGAGCUGGCGCUCUUCCAGAUGUCCGUGCUGUGGCUGGAGCACGACCGCGAGGCCCGCAUGCCGCACGCGCCCGACCUCAUGAAGCGCCUCCGCUUCGCGCUCAUCCCGGCCCCCGAGCUGGUGGAGCGCGUGCAGUCGGUGGACUUCAUGCGCAGCGACCCCGUCUGCCAGAAGCUGCUGCUGGACGCCAUGAACUACCACCUGAUGCCCUUCCGGCAGCACUGCCGGCAGAGCCUGGCCAGCAGAAUUCGCUCGAACAAGAAAAUGCUGCUAUUGGUGGGAGGCCUGCCGCCCGGGCCGGACCGCCUGCCCAGCAACCUGGUUCAGUACUACGAUGACGAAAAGAAGACGUGGAAAAUUCUCACAAUCAUGCCCUACAACAGCGCCCACCACUGCGUCGUGGAGGUAGAGAACUUCCUGUUCGUGCUGGGCGGAGAGGACCAGUGGAACCCUAAUGGAAAACACAGUACGAAUUUUGUCAGUCGAUAUGAUCCCCGAUUUAACAGCUGGAUACAGCUUCCACCCAUGCAGGAAAGAAGAGCCAGUUUCUACGCGUGUCGGUUGGACAAACAUUUAUACGUUAUUGGUGGAAGGAAUGAAACCGGCUAUUUGUCCAGCGUGGAGUGCUAUAACCUAGAAACAAACGAAUGGCGUUAUGUGUCCUCUUUGCCGCAGCCUCUGGCAGCUCACGCAGGAGCCGUGCACAACGGGAAAAUAUACAUUUCAGGGGGUGUGCACAACGGAGAGUACGUCCCAUGGCUCUAUUGCUACGACCCCGUGAUGGAUGUCUGGGCUCGCAAACAAGAUAUGAACACAAAACGUGCCAUCCACACUUUGGCUGUAAUGAAUGAUCGCUUAUAUGCAAUUGGAGGAAACCAUUUGAAAGGUCUUUUUCAAGAAAAUCACAAUAACAUUUGCAUUUCAUGUUUCUCGCUAAGGGGGUCACAGUGGGCCCUCAUUAACACACCAUUGUUAGCCGCCAGAGGAUCAGUAGGCUGCCCUUGCAUUUCUCCGAGCCCGCUCCCUAAGUGCUCUGUUCUGCCGUUGCAGGGGGCCUACAAGUCGUCCACAAUCUGCUACUGUCCGGAGAAAGGCAGCUGGACAGAGCUGGAGGGAGACGUGGCGGAGCCGCUGGCAGGGCCCGCCUGCGCCCCGGUCAUCCUGCCCGCCUGCGUCCCUUACAACAAAUGACGCCAGGAAGCCCUGGAGUGACGGUGUCCGCUCUAGGAAACAGCGACAGGUGACAUCACUAUUACACUAGGGACGGUGCAUUUGAGUGGUUGCUGAGGCUGUACAAGCAACCGCAAAAGAAGAAGACCUGCUCUUGAGCAGAUACUGUGUCUGUGACUCGGAUCACAACCAACUCCCCGGUGGUGACAGACGCUUCCGUUUCAGGCUGGUUGGAACUUGUCCCAGCUUGACAAAAACGCCUCCCGAGGAUCUGAACUUUCAAAAGGAGACAGGAAACACACCGACGAGCGCCCCAGAGAGACCUACGAUCAGUAUUGUGCGUUGUAGUCUACCUGCAUGUGGUCUUUGUUGACGUUUUGGGGAUAUCGUGUUCAUGAAUGACUCAAAAUUGGACCCACUAAAAUAUGUACCCUGCAUUACAGGAAGUGCCACUUGAUUCUAUAUUCCUAACCUGCGGCUCCAUCACAGACUCCAUAGGCAACACGGUUGUAGAGAAUCACGGAAGGUUAA